AGUUUUUACAAUGGACCUGUCAGCAAAUUUUGGGCUUAUGCAUUUGUAUUAAGCAAAGCACCUGAACUUGGAGAUACAAUAUUCAUUAUUCUUAGAAAACAGAAACUCAUCUUUCUGCAUUGGUACCACCAUAUCACUGUGCUUCUCUACUCUUGGUACUCUUACAAGGACAUGGUGGCCGGAGGCGGUUGGUUCAUGACGAUGAACUAUGGGGUGCACGCAGUGAUGUACUCCUACUACGCCUUGAGGGCGGCGGGCUUCCGGGUGUCCAGGAAGUUUGCUAUGUUCAUCACCCUGUCCCAGAUCACCCAGAUGUUGAUGGGUUGCGUAGUUAAUUACCUGGUCUUCUCCUGGAUGCAGCAGGACCAAUGCCACUCUCACGUUCAGAAUAUCAUCUGGUCUUCUCUCAUGUACCUCAGCUACUUUGUACUCUUCUGUCAUUUUUUCUUCGAAGCCUACAUUGGCAAAAUGAGGAAAACAAGGAAGGCUGAAUAGUGUUGGAACUGAGAAGGAAGCCAUUGCUCAGGGUCAUCAAGAAAAAAAAAUACAGACAAAAGAAAAUGGCACAAGGAAUCAUAUAUAUGGUGCAGCUAAAAAUAAUAAUAAUAAUAAUAAUAAUUAAAAACAAAACUUGGCAGCUUAGGGGUAACUAGGUUGAUCUAACCCAGUAAGUUUAUGAUCCUUUUAUGGUGAGGACUCACUGAGUUCAACUCCAUCUCAAAGGACUGCUGCUGAGAGACACUAUCCCUCUCGUACCUGUCGACUCUAGGGGAAAAAAAAUGAAAGAAAGAAAAGGCAAAUGAAGGUUAUUAACAAAUUUUAUGAAAAAAUAUUUAAUAAGUGUUAUAUUUCCCUAAGGACAGAAGACUUUUACUAAAAACAAAACAAAACAACAAAAAAAACCCAACUUAUUUCUAUGUCCUUUCUAAUUUUUUUCGACACUAAACUCGAGCCAACAAGAAAAAAGACAAAAUCGGUGGAGGUUGCAGGGGUGUGCCGUAGAACCAGUGCUUUGGCAGAAUUGAAAGCCUUCCUUGGGAAAGGCUGGCAGGUUUAGGCCAAAUAAAAGAGGUAUCUAGAAGGUUUCUUAAAGUGGCCCGAGCCACAACUUGACGAGGAAGGGGAAAGCUUGAAUCUAGAAAUUGUAGGCAGCCCUUUGACUAGUGAGUAUGCAAAAACCAGCUUGGGGAUGAUCCUAUGACCCGGUUUUUAAAAUGAAUAAAACAUGACUGCCCAGUUUCAAACGAAAAGAGAAUUUUCCAAGUGCAUUUCCAGUGGAAGUCCAGCGAUUUCUAUUACAGCAUAAAAGAGGUUAAUCUUUGUUCUCUUGUCUGAGGCUUUUAAAAAGAAACUUGGGAGG